GUUGUCACUGUCAGUGUCAAAAAUAUCGCGCAGUUAUCGCUUGUGGUGUGCAAUUUUGUCGAUUUGUGGUGUUUUUCUUGCUAAAAGUGCAGAUUAUUUUAAUCUUUUACAUCUUUUUAACAGUACAGUGAACGAUUAAACAUGCCUUGUCUAGUCAUAUUCAAAAAUAACUUUAUAACGGGGCUGGAAUGUAAAGAUGUGUCAUCGCUAAAGCGUGAUAUUUCACAAAAAUAUGGUGUUCCGAUAGAAGAUUUGUCUGCGACGCUGAACGGGAGGCCCGUGUCUGACAGUUACGAUGUUACAUCAGACAACAAUGUUGUUAGAUUGGCCUCUAAGCUUGUUGGAGGGAAAGGCGGAUUUGGAUCUAUGUUACGUGCCAUUGGAGCACAAAUAGAGAAAACCACCAACCGUGAAGCUUGCCGAGACCUAUCAGGUCGUCGUCUACGUGACAUCAAUGAAGAGAAAAGACUUAGGAAGUGGUUGGAAGGCCAAGAAGACAGGGAAAAGGAGGCAGCUGAGAGAAAACAGAAGAAACUUGAGAGAUUGGUGGCAGAACCCAAGAUUGAGGUCAAUUUGAACCCUGCAUAUGAGAAAGAGCGUCAGGAUCUGCCUGAGCGAGUGAAUUCGGCUGUGGAAGCUGGUUGGCAGGCUGCUGGGUCAUCAAAUGCUUUGAAACGGAAGUCUGACAAUGAGAAAGCCAAGCCUAAGAAGGCUAAACUGUGGAUUGAUGCAGAGCUGUCUGACUGCUCAUCAUUGAGUGAUGAUGAUGAAGAGGAAGUUCCCGCCAAGAGCCCGGGACAGCAAGUGUCCACAGACAGUGGAAAUGAGUCUGACAGAGCCUCAGCUAGCAGUAAAUGAGAAGGAAAUACUGUGUUAAAUGAUAGACUUUAAUUAUUUUAAUAUUCUUUUAUUGUAAUUUUAUUUAAUAACUACUUUACAUUUACUUUACAUUUACUUUACUUUACAUUACUUUACUUAACUUUUCUCGUCCGCUGGUCACUCGCAUUUUGGCGCGCUACUGUCUUAGGCAGGUAUUGGUUAUGGCAUCUCCGCUAGUCAUUUUGUUCUCCAUGCCUUGAACAUCAUAAUGUAGUGAGAGAUGUCGCUUUGAUAGCUAAUGUGACUAAUUUAUGGGUACUGGAAUAAGUUAUGUAUGAUUGUGAUUUCAGUAAUCCACUUGCAACAUAAUCAUUAAUAAAUUAUCGUUUCUAAUUCCAAUCAAUAAACUCUUUUCAACUCUUUUCAACUUUUCAACUUUAGCAGUUUAACUCUGAGGAGAUUUAAAAGUUAUAUAAAUUAUGUUAGGCAAUAGUUUCUAAUGGACUCAAUAUUUUAUGCAUUUUAAUGUAUUCAUAUUGGAAGUAUUUUAUUUAGCGAAUGUUUUAAGAUAUUUCAUGUAAAUUGUAUGAAACUGGCAUUUUAUGUGUUAAAAGGUUAAACUAAAGUAAAUUCAGGAUACAUUGUUUUUUUUUUAUAUAAUGUAACAUGUCUUGUUGUUUCUGUUUUAUUAAAUCUGACCUCGGUCAUUUGGCUGAAUUUUAUCACUUCAGGUAAAUUAAGUAAUUUUAAUUUAUGUAUAUGUACUCAAUAAAUUUUUUGUGUUAAUUAAGGUAUUAAAUAAGUAGGUAAUAAAAUCUAUUUUAAGUAAA